AUGAUCAUAGUAACUAUCAUUUUUUUACAUAAUAUUGAAGAAUUUCCAAUCCGGUAUCAAGUCAAUGAAAAAUUUUUAAAUAUAUCUAAUCAUACUACUUUAAUUGAUAAAUUCAAUCAUAAAAAUUAUUAUGAUUAUUUUAAAACAUUCAAUAGAAAUUCUAUUGAAACUAUAUUGGCACCAUUAAAUCAUUGUGAUAUAAAAAUGAAUAAUAAUAAUAAUUUAACACAUAUUAUUAUAUUUAUUAAAUCAACAAUAAAUAAAUUUGAAUUACGUCAAACAUUAAGAAAUACAUGGGCUAAUAAAAAAUGUUAUAUCCAUUAUGGUAUUUAUGCUUAUAUUUAUUUUACAUUAGGUAGAGAAAAUCUCACUCAUUGGUUUAAUUCAACAAUACAAUCGAAAUUAUUGAUAGAACAUAAACAGUAUAAUGAUAUAAUCCAAUUUAAUUUUAUUGAAAAUUAUUAUAAUUUAACUAGAAAAUUAAUUGGUACCAUUGAAUAUGCUACAUUACAUUGUUUAAAUACAAAAUUUAUUAUAAUUAUUGAUGAAGAUUUUAUUGUAAAUCCUAUUCAUUUAAUUAAAUUAUUAUUAAAUAUUAAUCAUAUAGACUAUUCAACAUAUAUUAGUGGUUAUGUAAUUAAAAAUGGUAUACCAUUUCGUGAAAUCAAUAGUAAAUGGUAUAUAUCAAAAUUCAUUUAUCCAUUUGAUUAUUAUCCAAAUUAUCCACUUGGUGGUACAAUUAUCAUUAGUAGAUCAUUAAUUAAUCAAUUAAAUCAAUUAUUAUAUUCUAUUGAAUUAUUUCCAUUUGAUGAUGUAUUAAUUGGUAUUGUAUUAGAUAAAUUAAAUAUAUCAAUUAUACAUAUAGAGAAUAUAUUAUUUUCAAAGAAUAUUAUUGAUUUUAGACAAAAAUUUAUUACAGCACAUUUUAAAGGAACUUCACAUUUACUAAUUAAUUUAUGGAAAUCAUUACGAUUGGAUAAGUUAUGUUAUAAUUAAUUAAUUCAUUAAUAAUAAAUCAUAAUUGAAAGUUUUCAUUGUUUCUAUUAUUUGUUUAAACGAACAUUCAUUCAUAUAUUUGUAAUAUAUCAGAAGGGGGAUUGUGUGGAGAUUUCGAGAUUACUAAUCAAGAUAUACUCACUACUGACUGACUUCAAGAUGUAUGUUCUGGAGUUCUAGUGAGAAGCAGUGACCAGUGGCGUUCAACCGGAUCUGUUGUGAGAU